AACAGACGUCAGAAGGGAGUCUUCGCCUCGAGUCAAAACAAAACAAAACAAAACAAGUCAAAAAGAUACAGAAGGAGUGAAUAUUUGGACAGCCACAGCGACUGGAAGUGUUACAAAACUCAUCGCUGAUUAAAAGCGGUCACUUGGUGGAAGUUAUCGGGGGCUUUUCGCGGAGUUUUUCACGGAUUGUAAACUCUGGAGUAGCAGGAGCUUAACCAGCUAACGUUACGGUGGCUAUCGUGCUGUUUUCAAAGUGAGGCGAGUGGGAGCCGACAGACUUCCGAGGCGACCCAACUUCACCCAAUAGCCGGGAAUUCGCUUUGUAGUUCGUUCACCGAGACCGCGGGGCGAAGAUCGGCGGAGCUCCGGGCCUCGGUCGAGAGGGUUUUAUAACCGCUUCUUCGAGCAUCGUGUGCCGCGGCAGGAGUAUGGAGAAACAUGGCAGAUGGUGACAUGCGCCUGGCCGCAAUGUGGUGGAUCAUGCAGACCUGAAGCACGGACUUUUCCUACGGACAUUUCUCUCAUUUUCCCAUUUUUACUAUCUUUCAAAAACACUACUAAACCGCCAUCAAAAUCUGCUCUCCCAUUUCCUCUUCCCUCAGUCGACAUUUCUUUGGUUGUUAAAUUACAGCGGCUUUAACAUACAGGCCAAAGAGACGGCGGCCAGUCUCUUUACUGGUUUUUACACUUUUUGGCAGUUGGCUAACACAACCAUUGCUGGGAUAAUCGGCCGGUCUGUGUUUUUUCACUUGACUUUGAUGUACCGGACCGAUUUGUGACUUUGCAUAUUUUUUUAAAGUUUGUGUUGAGUUUGUAUUUGGCUUGUGGAGAAUCCAGACAUCACGUUGUUUACAAGUGGAGACAGACAGGGGCUCUCCUGAGAGGAUCCUUUGUAACAGUAGCCAGCUAAUCCCUGUUUGUACUCUUCAUAGCUUUGCAGUAAUAAUCCUAGGUUUGAAUGAGAAAAUAUAUGCAUCAUUUUACAAAUUUGGCACGAAAUAAUUCAUUUUGAUCUACUCUUAAAAUAUUAGUUUGACAAAGUAUAAAGUAUUCUUUUUACAACAUUAUCAAUUGACACAUAUUUAAAUUGUUUAUUAACAGGAAUGGCAUUAUCUUGUAUCCAUAUACCUUUAAUAUUUUGGUGUUCAUUUUCAGGUGAGCCCAAACCUCUGUAGAUCCAGAUGUUUUGGUGCUCAUUGCCGCUCUGCCACUUUUGUUUUUAUUUCAUUCAAACAAAGGGACUCUCAUCCCAGCCCUUCUUCAUUCUUUAUAAAUCGGAAGGUUUAUGAUAGUUACUAUUAAGGAGAUUAUUUGGGUUCCCUAAUCUCCAAUCUGAGGAUUAACCGAGGCUAUUGGUGUGUCCAGAUUAUUACGUCUCCUCUGCAGGCCCCUCUGUUUACACCCCCGCAGGGGCUGAGGCAUAUUGUUUUUGUGUCAGGAAGUUUUUUAACGCAUCAUCCUCUGAAACUUCAAUUUUUAAAGGUAGAUGCUUUAAGUGGUCCCAUCUUUUUGGUUGAGAGGAAGUUCAGAGGACCGCCAUGGAGGAGUCGUCGGUGCCCCCGAUUGACCCAGAUUUCGAGCCACAGAGCAGACCCCGCUCCUGCACGUGGCCGCUGCCAAGACCCGACAUCUCGGUUGUCAAACCGGAGGGGGCGGAUGGCUCCGAGUCCGCCGCUGGGACCCCGCCCGCCGACGAGGACAAACCCGAGCCACAGCAAAUCACGUCCGAGCCGGAGAAGGCGGCAGCAGCGGCCGAGGGAGGGGCCGUGGCCGGCGUGGGCGGAGCCGGCGCGACGCCCCGCAAAGGAUCAUCCCGGCGCAACGCGUGGGGGAACCAGAGCUACGCUGAUCUGAUUAGUCAGGCCAUCGAGAAUUCACCUGAGAAGAGGCUGACCCUGGCUCAGAUCUAUGAGUGGAUGGUGAAAACAGUGCCUUACUUCAGAGACAAAGGAGACAGCAACAGCUCAGCUGGCUGGAAGAAUUCAAUUCGCCACAAUUUAUCACUCCACAACAAGUUCUUGAGGGUACACAAUGAAUCGACAGGUAAGAGUUCCUGGUGGAUGCUUAACCCUGAGGGAGGUAAGACUGGGAAGGCUCCUCGCCGCCGGGCCGCCUCCAUGGACAACAGCAGCAAACUGCUGAAGAGCCGCAUGAGGGCCAAGCAGACCAAGAAGCAGGCGGGAGCAGCUGGCCUGGGUGGUGCUGGAGGGGUGCAGGGCGACGGCAGCACAGGUUCAGCGGGCGCAGACAGCCCUAAUUCGUCCCAGCAGUUUCCCAAGUGGGGUGUCAACAGCAGCAGCCCCUCAUCUCGCGGCAGCCUGGAUGACGCUGACAUGUGGACCACCUUCCGCUCACGCACAGGCUCUAACGCCAGCACCCUGAGUGGACGUCUGUCCCCCAUUGCUCCUGGACAGGAGGACGACGAUAACCUGCCUGAGGACGGACUGUUGGGAAGAUACACUGCCAGCAGCUUGACCCCCACCCUCACAGAGACCCUCAUGGAGGAGCUGGAUCUGAUCGACGGCCUCACAUUGAUGACUGGGCAGCAGGGAGGGGCCAGUCCCAGCACAGCCCCACCAGCACCUCCCACUCCACUGCCCUCCGCCUCCACCCUGCUGCCUCGUGGUUCCAGCUUCUCCUCCUUCCCCCAUCAGCUGCAGCCAUCCAGCCUCCCACAGGCCCCCACCCACACCGGGACCCAGGCCUCCGUCUCUCAGUGUGGACCGAGCAGCAAAGAGCCAACAACCUUCAGCAACUCCCUUUUCAACCCCAUACCUGCCUCCAGCUCUCGUGGGGGCGGCCAUUACAGCACCCACGUGCCUUCCAGCCUGGAGGCACUGCUCACCUCUGACUCCCCUCCGCCCAGUGAUGUCCUGAUGACCCAGGUGGAUCCCCUCAUGCCCAGUCCUGGAGGAGUGGGCCUGAUGGGCCUUGGCACAGCAGUAGUAGGUGUGAGGUCCAAACCCAACCAGCUGCUGUUGGGUAAAGGGCUGGAACCGAACACAGCGGCCCCCAUGGCGCUGCAGGCUCAGAUGCAGCAGCGUCACCUUCACCACCAGCAGCAGCAGCAGCCGCCGCACCAGCAGCAGCAUCAACAACAACCACAGCAACAACACCAGCAUCACUCUCAGAUGGGGCUGGGGAUGAUCCUCUCAGGUAUGUCUCAGGACCCGUCACAGCUGUCUGCCCUCAAAGCCCAGCAUGCCACGGUGUCAGCGGUGGGCUCUCAUCAUGGAGGGCCUGUCACCUCAGCCAGUCCUGGUGUGAGCUUGCAGGGGAUGAGUCACUUCGGAGCAGCGUCCUGUUUCCCGCCCGGUCAAGACCGACUGCCCACAGACUUGGACAUUGACAUGUUCACCGAAAACCUGGAUUGUGAUGUGGACUACAUCAUCAACAGUGACCUCAUGGACGGAGAUGGCAUCGACUUCAACUUUGACCCCAUACUGCCUGGAGGCCAAGGCUACGCCGGACCGGCCACUACACAGGGCUCCGCUCACAGCUGGGUGCCCAGCUAAUCUCUUAGCUGACCACAUGGAGUUAGCCAGGAACUGAUUUCCAAUCAGGAUAACCUCACAAAACAACAAAAUGACCGGUGCAUUCCUCCUCCCUGCUGGCUGAAGAUAGUAUUUUCAAACACAACACUUCUCUCGGACUUAAAAGACCAGACCUCAGCCAUGUCAUGUGCCAAGAAGACAUGCGGGGACAGAGAGGAGAUUCAGGCUACUAUGCACAAUAUUUCUCCCUUUUUUUUAAAAAAUAACACUUGGCUGCUAGCCGUUUUUUUUUUUCUUCUAAUCCGAACUGAUGAUUUUUAAAAGACGUGUGACAUGAUGUUUUUAGGAGUGAAAAGACAAAUCAUUAACUCCCCUCAGCUGGGAGUCUGUAUUUCAGUUAUGUUACACCAUAAUAGCUUUAGGGUGGAUACGGUACACGAUGGCAUUGGUAUUGAAGAUUCAAUGGACUGUGCGUUUUUUUGGAGAAAUGGCCAGUUUUCCAUUGACACUUGCAUGAACUGCCAGACCAAAUGCUGUUUGAAGUGCAGUCACGCUGCUGCACCGUGUAAAGGUUUCAUCACAGGACUCGGAUUGUGUUGUGAACAGAUGGAAGAUACAAGACUGGACGACUGGAGGUAUAAAAUGUUUGGCUACACACCUCGCCCAUUUGUGGACUAAGAUUAUUUGUACGAUUUAAACUUCUCACUUUAGAGAAAAGUAGAUGCUUUUUUUUCCUCCAAUGAAAUUUGGUGAUUGAACAGUUAAGAGGGUCUGUAUUUGCAGUUUGGCAUUUUGACUUCAAUCCAGUGUGUUAUGGUAGAUGUCUGUUAGAGGGUGUUUUUUUGUUGUUGUUGUUUUAAAUCCCUGAUGUGCAGUUGAACUAACAAAAUGAAGAAAUGUGAUUUGUGAAUUUAUACACGGGGCAUUCAAGGGUAAAUUUAUUUGCCAACAUGUGAUUGGUUGGCCAAGUAUUAUAUUGUUUUAGACAGCAGUAUGCCUCCACUGUCACAUGGUCUACCUGAUUAUUUCUUCUUUCUCUCUGUUUUCAUCGAGUCUGUGCAUUUUCAAAGCACUUAGGUUCCAGCAACACAGGGACCCCAAACUAGGAGAUACAUUAGGUUAUACCAUUUCAUCAAAAAGAGUUUAAAUCCUUUCAAAAAAACAAAAAAAAAAAAAAAAAAAACAUGUAAACUACACGUUGCACAUGUACACUGCACAUGUACACGAUGACACACUAUGCAGAUUUAUCAGGAGAACUAAAUGAAAUCUUGAAGGAAAUUUGAAUAAUCACUUCUUGAAGGGUUUUGUUAUUUAACAUUUUCCUGAUAUUUUGUUUCGGGGGUGUUGAGGGGGGUGCUUCAUGUCAGAAAAAUGAGAGAAAAAUCUCUCACAUUUUAAUUCAAGAAAUUAAUUCUCAGUGUGAGAAGUACAAAAAAAGAAUAUAUUUGAUUAUAGUUUUAAUAUACAAUUUAGAUGGAGGUAAUAAAUGAAAUAUUAAUACAUAUGAAUAUAUUACUAAUGACAAGGUUUUUUUUACAUUGGAGGAAGCAUUCUCAGAUCAUUUUUAACGGUAAUUUUCUAUACUUUUAUUUUUGUAAAGGAUGAGAUGCAUGUAGAUUUGUUUUUUUACAUAACCAAAGGAACACUAAUAUUUGCAUUUGCAUGGCAUUUAGGGAGCGCUUGGGCCUGACACAGUAUCUCGGUGUACAUAAGCUUUGCAAAACAUGCCUGUAACAUGAAAUCUGACUUUGAGAGUCGAGUGAGGCAAAAUGCAUCAAUACUUGACCAUUUUAAAAGUCCAGCGUGUAGGAUUUAAGGGCAUCUAAUGGUGGAAUUUGUAUAUAAUAUUCAGAACUAUGCUUUCAUUAAGGCCUGUGUCCACAUAUUGUUUUUUCUCAGCACUGGCAUCCAUUUCAGUUGUUCCAUGCCUCGUGUCUUUUUUCCUUUUUACAGCACUCCGGCUUUUUUGUGUUGCCGCUCUGAGUGCUAGCUACCAUUAAUGUCAUGAUAUUGUUUUCAUAGAAACAAAACCCACUGUUCUCCUGCGCUCUGCCACGGCUUUUCUGCCAAAGAAAAACACAAUGUGGACACAGACUUUAAAGGGCAACUACACCCAUUUUAAAAAUCCAUUCAUGUCAUUUCUGUGGUCUUAGUGAAAAUUAACAACUCUUUCCCAAAUCCAAAAAACUGGAGUGCUAUAACUCAAAUUUGUGAUGUCAUAGGUUGUAAAGUCUGAAGUUGCUCCAUAGACAAUGAAUUGAGAAAGAUGUUAUAGACAACACCAAGAGCACCCAGAGAGUUGUUCUGAGUACAUGGGUACAUUUUCUGUUUCAGAACUGAGAACAUUACAACAUAAUAAUGCUCAAUUGGGUAUAAAAAAAAAGUUAAAACAUUGUGUGGGUCCAAAAAAUUAGUCUCCCAUUCACUGUCUAUAGAGCAGCUCCAGACUUAAUACUUGAUGACAUUACAAGUUUGAGACUUCCUUCUCUUACUCCUGGCUUAGAGAGGGGGUAGCUCAUGUUCACAAGUAUUGAUUGAAUUUUCCAAGACCAUGGGAUUAACAUAUUGGACUCUUUAAUGUAGGUGGUGUGUCCCUGUGAGUUAAUAAUCACCUGAAACUAAGAAUGGUUGUUUGGUACCUUAGAAUGAGCCAUUUAUAUCUUCAUCAUGGAUGUAUUAGGAGACCUGGAUACAGCAUUGCAGACGGGACCCCGUUAAUUCUUAUUAAAGUUGCUCAUUGGCACAUGAAGCCAAAAAAGCUCUGAUUUUGGCGGUAUGAACUUACCUGAAUCUUCUGUAUUGCCGGGCCCAUCGAGUAAAUGCACUAGAGACAUAGGGUAUCCGAGCAUGACUGAGCGGCUGACUUCGCGCUUAGCGCUCUUCUAACUCUAAUGGGGAUAAAAUGUUAUCUUGUAGCUCUUUUAGACCUUUGAAAUGUAGUGAAGUGAUAGUUAAACAAGUCGUUUCACAGGGGUUGUGGCACUCAAAAAAAUAUAUCCACUGAUUUAAAACCUCUUGUUCCCAAUGCAAGUCUAUGGGUAAGUCUUUGGGCCCAGUGGAAUCACUUGACUGACCCUGUAGUUGUAGUUCCACUUUUGGCCACUAUGUAAACUUGGCUUCAAAGCCCGCGCUGUUCCUGGGGACUUGAUCUACAUACUUGUUUAACAGUAGCCCAGAACGGACAAAUCAACCACCAGCUCUAGAUAGGGUCAAUCGCAUUUUCAUGUUGGCCACGAUAGUCCUCCUACAUGCUUGCCACUAAAUCCUACACACUUUAACUAAAAUUCCCAAUAACCUGUCUCAUGUUUUUUUCUGCAUUAAUUGUGUAUCCAAGUAAAAAGAAAAAAAUCUGCGCUGAAAUGUGGUGCGAGGCAAAGAAAAACAUUUAUCAUCCUGCUUUUCAACACGCUGCCGAAUUCUCAUCUCAAAAUGAGACUAAUACAACCGUUACCUCUCAGGGUCGCUCUGAAGAAAAACAACAGGAAAACAACUCUGCACAGACGUCAUCUGAUAACAUGACAAUGGCAAACAAACGUAUAUUUAUUCUACAGAUUGUCUCUGUUACAACAGACUGGAAACCAACACACCACGUCUUUGUUUUGUUUUCCUGGAGGAGUUUCUGACUUAAAAAGAGCUGACCUCAAAUUUGACUUCCCUUUUUUAUUUUUAGAGAGAAAUGUAUUCUAGCUCUCCAGCCAUGUAUAUCAGUACUAACCUGUCCCUUGGGGUUUUUUAUUUUAUUUUGACUGCCAAUAUUUAAAACACUAUAGCAUGACUUUACUCUGUAGCGAGAUUGAUUUCGUCAUCUUCCCCCUUAAAAUUUUGUGUUUUGUGUUUGUAUUUAAUUGUUGAUAAUGCUUUUGUGAUCAGAAAUAACAUCCCUGCAGUUUAAACUCUUAAUAUCCAUCAUUUCACUGUAGCUAUGUGAAUAUGUUAGCCUCUGAUUUGUAUAAAGCACUCUCUUUUUUGUUCCACAAA